CUGCUCCGCCCCCUGGCGGCCGGGUCCGCUUUCCGCCCUCGGGUCCGCCCGCCCACCGGCCGCUGGCUGAGGCAUGGAGGCUGGCAGCCGCAAGGAGGGCGUCUUGGGGCGCACCGUGUGCGUGCUGACCGGGGCCUCCCGCGGCUUCGGCCGGGCCCUGGCUCCGCUCCUGGCUCGGCUGCUGUCGCCCGGCUCCCUGCUGGUCUUAACCGCCCGCAACGAUGAGGCGCUGCGGCAGCUGGAGGCCGAGGUGGGCGCCGAGCAGUCUGGCCUGCGCGUUGUGCGAGUGCCCGUCGAUCUAGGCACCGACGCCGGAGUGCAGCAGCUGCUCGGCACCCUGCGAGGGUUACCCGGGCCCGAGGGGCUGCAGCGACUGCUGCUCAUCAACAACGCGGGCACUCUUGGGGAUGUGUCCAAAGGCUUCGUGAACCUGGAUGACCCAGCUGAAGUGAACAACUAUUGGGCUCUGAACUUGACCUCCACGCUAUGCCUGACCUCCAGCAUCCUGAAGACCUUCCCAGACAGUCCUGGCCUCAGCAGGACUGUGGUUAACAUCUCAUCCCUGUGUGCCCUGCAGCCCUUCAAGGGAUGGGUACUAUAUUGUGCAGGGAAGGCUGCCCGGGACAUGAUGUUCCAGGUCCUGGCCGCAGAGGAACCUAGUGUGAGGGUGCUGAGCUAUGCCCCAGGUCCUCUGGACACAGACAUGCAGCAGUUGGCCCGGGAGACCUCCGUGGACCCAGACUUACGGAAAAGUCUGCAGGAGCUGAAGACAAAGGGACAGCUUGUGGAUUGUAGGGCAUCAGCCCAGAAACUGCUAAGCUUGCUGCAAGAGGAUGUGUUCAAGUCUGGAGCCCAUGUUGACUUCUAUGACAAAUAAGCCCACAUCCUCGGCUUCCUGGAGCUUUCCUCGCCUUCUUCCAGGCACACCCAGGAGCCCUGUGCCUCCCCACAUCUUGCCAGUGGCACUGCCAGCUCUGCCUCACCCAGUUAAGCACUCAUGUUUACUAUCCUGCCCUCAGAUCCGCCAGCUGUGAGGGCCGUGGGUCGCUGGAGUUCCCAGUUCUCACAAGUCUGUGUGACCGCUCUGAGCUGAGAGGAGGCUGGGGAGAGAGAAGUAUGAUUGUGGUGUUCUGUCUCACCAGAAAUAGAAUUUGAGGGAUGGGAAGAGCAGGACAAGAAGCUGAAACACUGAAGAGAGGAGGUUGGGUCUCCUGCCCAUGGCCAGUCCAUGGGGUCCGUUAGCGUUAAAUCAGAAGGCUGAUAUAGACUCACAGAUGGCCUGAAGGGGACGGAGCACAGUGCAAGUUCCUGCCCACAGAGAUGCCCCUCUCCCGGGGUAGCAGGACCUUCUAUAGAAUUUCAUGUCCUCAUUCUGAUGCUUCCUCCCUCCAGAACAUACUGCCAUUCCGUAGAUGUGGAGAAGGAACCCCCGAGAGUUUAUGUUAAAGGCAGAUACAAAUAAAAUAUGGAUUGUCCUCUC